CUUCUUGAUCAAUUAAUUCAUUUCAUCAGUAUUUGAAUCGAUAAGGCCAGUGCUGCAGCAAUGCGUCACUUUAUCUCCAUGGUGUUUUCACUGCUAGUCAUUACUGGGCUGCAGGUGAGCGCUCAGUCUGGAGGAGGACGUCCUGAGCGGAGCGCCAACAGACAUUACAGAUCGGAGCUGACUGUGUUCAAUGGAAGGGUAUGGGGGUCAUGGGGUCACAAGGAAAUGUGUCCAGUGGGAAUGUAUGCCGCAGGCUUUAGUUUAAAGGUGGAAGAUCCUAUUGGUGAUGGGGAUGAUACUGCGCUCAACGGGAUUCGGCUUCACUGUGUUUAUACGGCUAAUGGCGUAGCAAGUUCAUAUACCAACUACGCCACAGUUGGGUCAGAUGUAGGCAGCUGGGGUGUUUGGAGAGAUAUCAAAUGGUGUCCUUCUGGAUUCUUGACUGCUUUUCAGCUGAAAGUUGAAAAGCCUCAAGGAAGCGGUGAUGACACGGCCGCGAACAACAUCCAGUUCAAAUGCAGUUCAGGGUCUUCCCUGCUGGGUGAAGGCACAAAAUGGGGCGAUUGGGGUGGCUGGAGCCAAACAUGUCAGGGAAAAGGAAUUUGUGGUAUCAAGACGCGGGUUGAAAUACCGCAAGGAAGAGGAGACGACACCGCUCUCAAUGACGUGCGCAUGUACUGCUGCAAUUAAGCUGAAGCGAUCGCAAUCAAGCACUCGGAUCUUAGAGCUGUCUGGAGGAUCUCAGUGUAUUUGUGCUGGCUUAUCUGAGU